AUGAAAAGGAACGGGCAUGUGGAAAUAAUUGAACAGGAUCUUAGCGGCUUCAUCUAUGCCGGACACGAUACAAGUGCAAUUACUAUUUCUAACACAUUGCUUCUUCUCGCUAUGCAUCUAGAUGUACAAGACCAGGUUGUGGCUGAGAUACGGCAACAUUGUGGUGCUUUUGGUGAAGAUAUCAGUUAUGAGACGCUUCAGCAGCUCAUCUACCUAGAGAUGGUACUAAAAGAGUCUCUUCGGUUAUUCCCGAUCGCACCGAUCAUUGCUCGCCAAACAACUCAAGAAAUAGCUCUAGGAAAAUACAUUCUUCCCGUGGGUGUUGAUGUUUUCAUCAAUAUUUUCAGCAUUCAUCGCAAUUCCACAUACUGGGGAGAAGACGCCGAUCAAUUUCGACCAGAACGGUUUGCUACGAAGGCUUAUGAUCGAUCUGCGUAUUUGCCCUUUAGUACGGGAAUGAGGAACUGUGUCGGUGGUCAAUACGCGAUGAUUUCAAUGAAAAUAAUGCUGAUUAAGAUUCUUACAUCCUACCGGCUGGAGACGGAUUUGAAGAUAAAUGAUUUGAGCAUGAAAUUUAUGGUUACUAUGAAAAUUGGCAAUGGAUACAUGGUUCGAUUGACGCGUAGAUGA